GCCCCGCAUCCCCCGAGCCCGGGCUGGGGGCUCGGGGCUCCGCACAGGUGCGGUGCUCCCCCGUGCGCAAACAGCGGGCGGGAGGGGCGGCCCCCUGCCGCCGGUGCUGGGCGGCGGAGCGGGGAUGCGGCGCCCUCCUCCCGCCCUUCCUCCUCCUCCUCCUCCUCCUCCCUCCCGCCGGCAGCAUGAGCCCGGCCUUCCUCCUCCUCCUCCUCCUCCUGCCCGCCCGAGCCCGGCGGGAGCGGCUGCCCGGCGGGGCGCAGGCGGGACGCAGCGCCCCCGCUCCUUCCUCCUCCUCCUCCUCCACCUCUUCCUCCUGGGCCGCGGGGCCGAGCCGCUUCCCUCGGAGCCGCCCGGGGCGGCGGCGGGGCCGGCUGUACUGCCGGGUGGGCAUCGGCUUCCACUUGCAGCUGCACCCCGACGGCCGGGUGGACGGCGCCCACGACGCCAGCCCGCUCAGUAUUUUGGAAAUAUUUGCUGUGUCUCAGGGGAUUGUAGGAAUACGAGGAGUUUUCAGCAACAAAUUUUUAGCGAUGUCAAAAAAAGGAAAACUCCAUGCAAGUGCACGUUUCACAUCCGAGUGCCAGUUCCGGGAGCGCUUCCAGGAGAACAGCUACAACACCUAUGCCUCAGCCGUGCACCGCGGCCGGCGCUCGGGCCGCGAGUGGUACGUGGCCCUCAACAAGCGGGGCAAGGCCAAGCGGGGCUGCAGCCCCCGCGCCCGCCCCCAGCAUGUCUCCACGCACUUCUUGCCCCGUUUCCGACAGCCCCCCCCACCGCAGCUGGCCUUCACCGUCACCCGGCCCGAGAAAAAGCCGCCGCCUCCGCCACCACCACCAAAGAAAAUGGCAGCGGCCACCCCGCCACGGCAGAGCCAGGGCCCUGUCAAGUACCGGCUGAAGUUCCGCUUCGGAUAGCUGCACCGCGAGGAGGCUGCGGGGGAUUUUUGGGGAGGAGAGGAGCCUGGUACCCCCACUUGUUCCCAGAUGGGACAGAUGUGGGGACACUGCCGGUGGCUGAGGGACGGAUCGGAGCGGGCGCUGCUGCUGUGGAUGGGGAGUGAGGCGCAGGCGUUGCUCUGCUGCUGCUGAGGGAAGCCAUGAGGGGCCUCCGCCUCGGACAUGUUUUCUUGCACUGUUUUCGCUGGUGAUGCUGUCGACAAUCAUUUUCGUACAAGAGUUACGUCCAGAGCCAACCUCUCAAGUGCCGGAGGGUUUUCAAACUGUGUUGGCAAUAAUAUAUCUCUCUGUAAAGGCUGUUAAGGGGAGGAUGGCCAUUUGCUGACAUGCAGCCCCGCGGAUACACUGAUCAGAGUUUGUCUGCACACACCUGGAAAACGUUUAUGCUGAACCUGUGGGGAACCAUAAAACCUCUGCUCUCCUACCAGGGCCUCACUCUGCACUUCGUUAAUUAAUUUAAAUGUGAUGGUGGUAUUGUAAGGAAGAGCUUGGUGUGGCAGCACUGGCGGUGAAGCUGUUGCAGGUUAAUGUGAGGAGGAUGGGCUGAAAACCCCUCCUGGUCCCAGAUGGGUUUGCUGGUCAGAAGGAGGCUGACAAGGUGAAAAUAAAUGGGUAAAUACCUCUGUUAAACUAAAAGCGGUCUGUAGCUGACUUGAAAGAGUUUUAAGCAAUAAAGGUAACUUUUUGAGUGUGUCAA